AUGGCGGUGGAGUCGUUGGCGACGCUGUGCGUGUUGUCGCUGAUCGACCAUCGCGACCUGCUGGGCGACCUCGGCGACAUGGACCUGUCGUUGCUGCGACCCGUGUUCGAACACUGCACGGCGGAUCAACUGGACCGGAUUGAGAACGAAAAUAAGGUCAAUCUCAAAAGAGCAGUUUGCGUUCUGCAGCCCUCCCUCAUCUGCGAUCGUGACUUCACCCCUUUCACAGACGACCUCUGGGAGCGGUGCUACGAACGCAGGUACGGCAUUGAUGGCGUGGAGCAGGUUCAGGACAGAAUGAAGCAAGCAAAAGUACUCUACACGUGGCGCCAGCUGUACCAUGCUCGGCAGCAGGCAGAUGAUCGCACGCAGCAGAAGUGUGUUUCGCGGUUGAAAGAGCUUUAUCACCGGGCAGAGGAAGGGCCCUCCUCUCAAGCAGCAGCCUGGGCGAACAAGGCAGGCAGCUCUAUGCUCAAGAAGGCUCGCCUGGGAUAUGCUAACAGGUUGUCUUCCCUGUCUCAUCCCACAUGUCCCCGCCUCCCCCCUUCCCCUCCUCCCCCCCCUCCCCUCCUCCCCUCCGACCCCCCUCCCCCGCUCCCCCCCUCUCCUCCUCCCCCCUCCCCCUCUCCUCCCCCCGCCUCCCUCCUCCUCCCCCUCUCCUUCCCCCAUCCUCCCUCCCAUUCUCCCCUCCCAAGAGCCAUGGGGAUGGAGGCUCGGGGGCAGGUUCGGGAGCAGGCCAGGGGUUCGUCCGGAGCAGGCAUCCUGAAUAUUGUUGACCAUAGACAGGGUUUUGUGGGUGCAGAGGAGGCUUGGGAGGGCGGUAAGAGGAGAUGCAGAGAUGGAGAGGGAAGCAGAGAGAGACGAAUGAACAGUGGCAUAGACAGGGACAGAGACAGAGAUUGGGAGUGGGAGAGUGGAGGAGGAGAAAGUGGAGAGGAAGAGAGAGAUAUGGAAGACCAUGAGGAGGAGGAGAACCAUGGGAAGAGGAGGAGAGAGACUGGCAGGGGAAGAGGGAGAGGGAACGGCAGGGAUGCAGAGCAGGAUGGGGAGUGGAAUAGGAACAGAAGUAAAGGCUAUGGCAGGGGUGUAGGUGGAGGCAACGACAGGAGGCAGGCUGAUGGAGUGGGUGGGAAGAGCCAGCAUGGGCAGACUGGCAGCAAGGAGCGUGUUGCUGAAAGAGGAGCAGGGAGUUUCAAGGGGAAGCGGAAGGUGGAGAGCAGCAUGGACUGGGGCGUAUAG